AUGCCUGCCUCCUCAUCAGGCGACGAUGUUUCACCGGUCUAUAAACCGGCUCUCCUCGAAAAACGAUGGGAUUGCGACAAAUGUCCAGCAAAGACUGUGACCGACUUUUGUACCAUCACAAAAACAACGACUGACACUUGCACCACCACAAAAACAACAACUGACACUUGCACCAUCACCAAAAAAGAGACCGACACUUGCACCAUCACGAAAAAAGAGACUGACACUUACACCAUCACGAAGAAAGAGACUGACACUUGCACCGUCACAAAAAAAGAGACUGACACUUGCACCGUCACAAAAAAAGAGACUGACACUUGCACCGUCACAAAAAAAGAGACUGACACUUGCACCGUCACAAAAAAAGAAACCGCGACCACUACCAAGACGGAAACUUCCGCCAUAAAAUACCCUCCGGUAACCGUCACCUGCACUGAGACUUUGACCAAGUAUAAUGUUAAAACUGACAUUGUAACUAGCGAGAAAGAUAUAACCAAGAUCGAUGAGGAAACUCAGACCGAUAUUAUGGUCAGCGUUAAGACUAAGACUGAAACAGUAACCAGCAAAGAAACAGUCAUUAAAACCGUAUCGGACACGAAAACCGUAUCGGACACGAAAACUGUAACAGACAUGAAGACCUUAACAGACACAAAGACCGUGUCGGAUACGGUCACAAAAACCGUAACAGACACGAAAACCGUAACAGACAUGAAAACCUUAACAGACAAGGAAACCUUAACAGACACAAAGACCGUGUCGAAUACGGUCACGAAGACCGUAACGGCAACUACCACCGUGCUUCCUUGUAAUAAACCCGUCAAAGAUACUCAAUGUGAUUCAGCAAUGUUUGCAUUUGUUUCCCCAGGAUCGGGGAGUGUUCUCAAAAGAAACGAAAAUUUUGAGGUUAAAUAUAACAUCACCAAGCUUACUGGUGAACAAAGUGGUUUCGUGAAAGAUCUCCAAUUCUACCUGGUUAGCAGCGAUUUCAAUUGUGUAAAUCAGACCAUCGCUAAAAACGCCGAUACCACGCCCACACGAGUCUGCAACAAGUCAUUGCAAUACACUAUAUCAGCUUGUCCCAAG